AUGUCCAAAUCUCUCCUCCGUAUUCCUUACACGGGGCCCCUCCCGCCGCCCUUGAUCAUCCCACCAUCGGCCACCACAAGACAUGGAGCCAUCGCCGCGUUGACCAAAUUCCUGACCGAACCCGGUCCGGCAAGAAGACUUUCUGAAGUCCAUGAAGGAAGCAACGGGCAUGCCAAAAGCAUUCAUGAUAACAAGAAUAAGGAUAAAACCGUCCUCUUGACAGGCGCAGGCCUCUCUACCGCGUCCGGCCUCGCCGACUACCGCGGCACGAACGGGACCUACACGCAGAACAAGAGCUACCGACCAAUCUACUUCCACGAAUUCGUGGCCUCGCACGAGUCCCGUAAGCGAUACUGGGCGCGCAGCUUCCUGGGGUGGCGAGGCCUGCACCGCUCGCAGCCGAACGCGGGACACCACGCGAUCCGCGACCUAUGGCGACUCGGGCUGGUGUCAGGCGUCGUGACGCAGAACGUGGACAGCUUCCACCGAAUGGCGCACACGAGUCUGCCGACUGUCGAGCUGCACGGGUACCUGCGCAAGCUGGUCUGUCUUAGCUGCCGCUCCGAGAUGGACCGUGAUACGUUCCAGGCGCGCCUCGCGGAGCUGAACCCCGCUUGGUAUGAGUUUCUGCAGGAUCUGCUCCGCAGUGGUGCGCUGGAUACGGAGAAUCCGGAGGAGCGGCGUAAGAAGGGCUUCAAGACCAAUCCGGACGGCGAUGCUGAUGUGCCCGGCGCGCCGUACACGACGUUUCGCUACCCGGCGUGUCCUACGUGCCUGAAGCGGCCGCCGGUCCUGCCUGGUGGCGAGAAGGGCCAUGUUGUUGUUGAUCGGGAUGGGGCGUGGUUGCCGGAGUCGGGCCCUGCAGGGGUGCUGAAGCCGAAUGUCAUCAUGUUUGGUGAGUCGAUUCCUCAAGCGACAAAGACGGCCGCCGAGGAGCUGGUUGAUGAGGCCGAGAAGCUACUUGUUGUGGGCAGUUCGUUGGCGACUUACUCUGCUUGGAGAUUGGCGAAACGGGCACUGGAUCGGAAGAUGCCGAUUGCGAUUCUCAAUCUCGGUGGUGUGAGAAAGGAGGAAGUGUUCUUCGAGGGUGUGGAGAGGCCGCAAACUUUUGAUGUUGCGUCUUCUGCUGCUGGUGGUCCAGGUCCAGGUCUGCCACCGACCACAAAUUCUGUGGGCACGGGAUUGAGUACCAACGGCUCUGUGCGUGUAAGUAUGGCCGCCGAAGACGUUCUGCCAGGUGUUGUGGAAUUGGUUCGAGGAAGCAAGGCAAAGGUAUAG